AUGCAUCCUGAAAGCCUUUAUUUCCAGGAAUUCCCCGUAGUCACCGCUCUAGAUUCAGACCUUCAAGAAAAGGGGACUCACUGCGCCCAUUGUCUUCGCCCCAUCCAACCAGGAAUGUCACUACAAGACCCUUCGGACACCAGCAGUCCAUUCCGCCUGACAUACUGCUCCAAAGCCUGCAUGAUUGCAUCCAAAAACCAGUACCACUCGCUUCUGUUCUCCUUAGAGAAUCCCUUGCCCGCUGAAAUCCCCACAAUAGCUCAGACCCAGGAAGAGGUAAACAAACGCGCCGCGGCUCAAUCUGAUUUCGCCGACUUCAUCAAGGGCGAACACCGUCUUGCCCCGCUUCUGGUUGCGCGCUUCAUCGCGCGUCAGGUCGCUGGAGAAACCCAAAAAUUAGUCUCGGUUACAGCAUCCGGCAUGUCUGCGACCUCAUCUACUGACGACUUCACCGACGCCGACCACCCCAUUGAGAAGUAUGUCCUUGCUGACCAUCUCGAGCGCCUCAGGUACCUUGAAAUUCCAACGAAUUCAACGGAAACCAAGCUCCUGUCUGAUGUACUCUCAACUGCCCUUCCUGGCCUGGAAGCAUUCAUCACCGAGGAAAAGUAUGCAACUUCGUGCGGUAAAAUGGCUUACAAUGCCUUUGGUGUAUGCUUUGGCGGAGGACGCGAUGACCGACCCGAGCCCGCUGCUCGCCCGGAAGACGUCGAGAAAACGCGGACACCCUAUGGAACUCACCGCCAAAUCGGCAGUGCAUUGUAUACCGUUUCUUCAUACCUCACACACUCCUGCAAACCCUCCGCGCGCCCCUCCUUUAGCUCUGGCACCGCGGAAAUCUCGAUCAUUGCUAACCGUGACCUCAAGAAGGGUGACGUGCUCACCGUCGCGUUCGUUGAUGUUACACAGCACCCCGACGAAUCUGUUAUCGAGUGUAGACGUCGUAGACGCUUCGAGCUUGCCCGUGGCUGGAGGUUUUCCUGUGCAUGCGAGAGGUGCAUCGAAGAGGCUCAAGCACUUACGGCUGAGGAGAAAGGGAGUGCGUCUGAGGAGCAGAUGAAAGACGAGUCGAAGGUUGAGGCUUCCAUAAGAAACUUUGCGAAGUCUGAACAAGUGACUCAGUCCGAAGAGACCAUUGACGCUUAA